UCCCUCGUCUUCUCCCCUUCCCACUCCUUCCUUACAGUAAGCGCUUUAGCCUUUCCGGCCACGCCGAUUUGCGUUCCUCAGAAACGUUCUCUCACAUUCGCCGCCGCCGCUGCUGAUUGGUGCGAGGAGGGCGCGAAGCCCGGCGAGAGACAGCUCCGAAACGAAGGACGAGCGUAACUCACUCGAGGAGAGGAGAGGAGAGGAGAGGGGCAGUGGGAGUGGGAGUGCGAGGGCGAGUGCGAAGCGCGAUGACGUCUGGCGAGAAAAAGGCGGACGCCCUGUUCCCGACAUCGUCCUCGUGCACUCCCGUCCCGCACGCGGCGGAGACGGAGCACGUGAUGAACUACAGGGGAGGAUCGGUGCUCGGCAAGAAGACCAUUCUCAAGAGCGAUCAUUUCCCCGGCUGCCAGAACAAGCGCUUGACCCCGCAAAUCGACGGCGCUCCCAAUUAUAGGCAGGCCGGAUCCUUACGUGUACAUGGUGUAGCAAUACCUACCAUUGAUGGGAUAAGAAAUGUACUCAAUCAUAUUGGAAGACAAAAGAUUGGAAAGCAAGCACGAAUUCUGUGGCACAACCUCCGAGAAGAACCAGUUAUCUACAUCAAUGGUCGCCCAUUUGUUCUGCGAGAUGUUGAAAGACCCUUCUCUAAUCUUGAGUAUACGGGAAUCAAUAGAGCUAGAGUUGAACAAAUGGAGUUUCGUUUGAAAGAAGACAUCCUUAUGGAAGCAGCUAGGUUUGGAAAUAAGAUCCUUGUUACUGAUGAGCUGCCGGAUGGUCAGAUGGUGGAUCAAUGGGAGCCAGUGCUGGUGGAUUCUGUUAAGACUCCUUUGGAGGUCUAUGAGGAGCUGCAACGAGAAGGGUACCUUAUUGACUAUGAGCGUAUUCCCAUUACGGAUGAAAAAUCCCCGAAAGAAAGAGACUUUGACAAUCUGGUACAUCGAAUCUCUCAAGCUGAUAUAGAGACAGAAAUUGUUUUUAACUGUCAGAUGGGACGGGGACGAACAACUACUGGUAUGGUGAUAGCUACAUUGGUCUAUCUGAACCGAAUAGGGGCUUCAGGUAUUCGAAGGACAAAUUCAAUUGGAAAAAUCUUUAGUGCUGGAACUGACAUGACUGAUAAUAUGCCAAACUCUGAGGAAGCAAUAUGCAGAGGUGAAUAUGGUGUCAUAAGAAGCUUAAUUCGUGUCCUAGAGGGAGGAGUAGAAGGUAAAAGGCAAGUUGAUAAAGUUAUUGAUAAAUGUGACUCUAUGCAGAACCUUCGAGAAGCGAUUGGUACCUACCGCAAUAGUAUUCUUCGGCAAGCAGAUGAAAUGAAAAGAGAGGCAUCACUUUCCUUCUUUGUUGAGUAUUUGGAACGUUAUUACUUUCUUAUCUGCUUUGCUGUCUAUAUCCAUACAGAGAGCUCUGCACUACACUCCGUUUCCUCAGAGCAGAAAAGCUUUUCUGACUGGAUGAGAGCAAGGCCUGAACUUUACAGCAUACUUCGCAGGUUACUACGGAGAGAUCCAAUGGGUGCUCUUGGAUAUUCAAGUCUGAAGCCCUCUCUUAUGAAAAUUGCUGAGUCUGUGGAUGGCCGUCCAUAUGAGGUGGGAGUGGUUGCUGCAAUGAGGAAUGGGGAAGUCCUCGGACGUCAGACUGUUUUAAAAAGUGACCAUUGCCCUGGCUGUCAGAAUCUUAAUUUACCAGAGAGAGUGGAGGGUGCACCCAAUUUUCGAGAAGUUCCUGGAUUCCCAGUUUAUGGUGUUGCAAACCCCACGGUCGAUGGCAUUCGGGCUGUUAUUCAGCGUGUAAGUAGUAGUAAGGGAGGACGGCCAAUUUUGUGGCAUAAUAUGAGAGAAGAACCUGUUAUCUAUAUAAAUGGGAAGCCUUUUGUACUACGGGAGGUAGAAAGGCCAUACAAAAAUAUGCUAGAAUACACGGGAAUCGAUCGAGAGAGAGUAGAAAGGAUGGAAGCUCGGUUAAAGGAGGACAUUUUAAGGGAGGCAGAGCGCUAUGGUGGUGCCAUAAUGGUAAUUCAUGAAACAGAUGAUGGCCAAAUAUUUGAUGCGUGGGAACAUGUCACAGAUGAAGCUAUCCAGACUCCUUUGGAGGUCUACAAAUGUUUAGAGUCUGAAGGCCUUCCCAUCAAGUAUGCACGUGUGCCCAUUACUGAUGGUAAAGCGCCCAAAAGUUCCGAUUUUGACACAAUUGCAUUAAACAUUGCUUCAGCCUCAAAAGACACAGCUUUUGUUUUCAAUUGCCAGAUGGGUCGGGGCAGAACAACCACGGGAACUGUGACUGCUUGUCUGCUGAGACUUCGUUUGGAUUAUGGGAGACCAAUUAGAAUGCAUUUGGAUAAUAGUUGUCAUGAAGAAAUGGACAUCAGCUCCUCAAGUGGAGAAGAAGCCAUAGGUGAUAAUGGUCUUUUAGAUUCAGAUGCAUCAAAAUCUGAAAAUGUGAAGGAACUGCAUCGUUCUUUUGGAAUCAAUGACAUCCUUUUAUUACGCAAGAUAACAAGAUUAUUUGACAAUGGAAUCGAGUGCAGGGAGGUUUUGGAUGCUAUCAUUGAUAGAUGUGCUGCAAUGCAGAACAUACGCCAAGCAGUUUUGCAGUACAGGAAGGUGAUCAAUCGGCAACAUGUAGAGCCACGGGUGCGGAGGGUGGCAUUAAAUCGUGGUGCCGAAUACUUGGAGAGAUACUUUAAAUUAAUUGCUUUCUCAGCAUACGUUGGAAGUGAAGCAUUUGAUGGUUUCUGCUGGCAAGGUGAUACCAAGAUCUCAUUUAAGACCUGGCUACAUCAAAGGCCAGAAAUCCAGACGAUGAAAUGGAGCAUAAGAUUACGACCUGGGCGAUGUUUCACUGUACCAGAUGAACAAAAAGCACCAUAUGAAUUUCGACAUGGUGAUGUCGUAAUGGAGGCUAUAGUCAAGGCUCGUAAUGGUUCUGUCUUAGGGAAGGGAUCAAUACUCAAAAUGUACUUUUUUCCUGGACAGAGAAAAUCAAGCUGCAUGCAUUUCCAGGGUGCUCCCCAUGUUUACAAGGUGGAUGGAUACCCAGUGUAUAGUAUGGCAACUCCAGCAAUUGAUGGCGCUAGGGAGGUGCUGUCUUAUUUAGGUGCUAAAGACCGAACAGGAAGUACUGCUGCUCAAAAGGUGGUAAUAAUCGAUCUCAGAGAGGAAGCUGUUGUUUAUAUCAAGGGCACACCUUUCGUUCUUAGAGAACUAGAUCAGCCUGUCGAUACGCUUAAACAUGUUGGAAUUACUGGGCCAUUGGUGGAGCACAUAGAGACAAGGAUGAAAGAGGAUAUAUUUUCUGAGGUAACACAAUCUGGUGGUCAAAUGCUUUUGCACAGAGAAGAAUACAACCCAGCUUCGGACCAAUCUAGCGUGAUAGGUUAUUGGGAAAAUAUUUGGUUGAAUGAUGUUAAGACGCCUGCUGAAGUAUAUGCAGCUUUGAAAGAUGAGGGCUAUGACAUAGAAUAUAGAAGGAUACCACUUACUAGAGAAAGAGAAGCAUUUGCUGCAGAUGUUGAUGCAAUCCAGUCUUGUAGAGAUGAAUUUGCUAGGUUCUAUCUCUUUAUAUCACACACUGGAUUUGGGGGAGUUGCUUAUGCAAUGGCAAUCACUUGUCUUGGACUUAGCGCAGAUGCGAAAUUCGUGUCAGAGCAAACAGCAGAAACACAUUAUGUUUCAACUUCAAUAAAUGAACGCUUACCUUACCAAAUAUCAGGUGAAGAUUCACUUAAGCAGGGUGAUUAUCGUGACAUACUAAGCCUUACUAGAGUAUUGGUCUGUGGGCCCAAGAGUAAAGAAGAAGUUGACAUUGUCAUUGACAGGUGUGCUGGUGCUGGACAUUUGCGUGACGAAAUCCUGCAACAUAAGAAGGAGCUGGAAAACUGUCCAAGUGAUGAUGAUGAGACUCGGUCCUAUCUCAUGGAUAUGGGCAUUAAAGCAUUACGGCGAUACUUCUUUCUGAUCACUUACAGAUCCUACCUAUACUGCUCUUCUCCAAGAGAAACAGCAUUUGCAUCAUGGAUGGAGGCCAGGCCCGAGCUUGGCCACCUUUGUGAUAACUUAAGAUUGGACAGGUAGAUUUUCUUCUGGCCAUCCGCUGGAAUGUUCUGCUCACAAGCAUCCCACUGUUCUGUUUUGUACGCUUAUGAGAACCAGAGGAGCUAAAACGAAGAGGGAUCGACCGUGGUUGUAAAACAUAUGUUGGAGCAGCUAGUGGCUGAACUCCCCAUCUGUAAGUGUACAGUUUUUGGCAAGCAGCUAUAGUUGCAUCUUCAUUCAGGGGUGUGUAUACGUCUGAAUGCCAACACCUUUCUUUUUUUACAUAGUUUUGAGUUACAAGAAAGGUAAGGAUGUUAUCUUAAGAAAAAGGUAAGGACAAUUUUAUCAAAUUUAUUUGUUUAAGCAUGAUAGUAUGUUUCUAA